UGCUGCAGACAUGCUCGUGUUUCUGCUGUUCACCACUCUCACAGCCACAGUGCUGGCUGAGUUGAAGCUUCAGUUCAGUAACGCAAAGGGCAGCACUGCAGGAAGAAUUGUGGGAGGUGAAGCGGUGCCUUAUCACACCUCCUGGCCUUGGCAGGUCUCUCUCCAGUACCUCUCUGAUGGCUCCUAUCACCAUUUCUGUGGAGGAACACUGAUCAGGGCAGGAUGGGUCAUGACUGCUGCUCACUGUGUGUUCAGUUUCAGCUCUUUGCGUGUGGUCCUCGGUGAUCUUGUUCUGCACCAAAGCUAUGGAUCAGAGCAAUACAGGAGUGUCACUAGUGUUCAUAUCCAUCCCGAAUGGAACAGUAAUAGCAUCUCCUCUGGUAAUGACAUCGCGCUGUUGCGGCUGUCUUCUGAUGCCUCACUGAACUCUUAUGUGGGGCGGGCUUCUCUGCCUCCUAUUGGCGAGAUCCUGCCCCACAACCACCCCUGCUACAUCACUGGAUAUGGGCGCACCUCCACUGGUGGAAGUAUGCCCACCAGAAUGAGGCAGGCCUACCUUCCCAUUGUUGACCACCAGACCUGCACCAGCUCCGGCUGGUGGGGUAGCACCGUCAAGACCAACAUGAUCUGUGCUGGAGGAGGCGCCCAGUCCGGAUGCAACGGUGACUUUGGUGGCCCUCUUAGCUGCAAAGUUAACAACAGCUGGUAUGUCCACGGGAUAGCCAGCUUUGUGUCUGGUAUGGGAUGCAACACGCCCCAGAAGCCCACUGUCUUCACUCGCGUCUCUGCCUACAUCACAUGGAUGAACUCGGUCAUGAACAAUUCUUGAAAUGGAUUUCUUUGCUACAGAAAUUACUCCAAAUUGAACAUGUUUUCCAUCUGCAGCUAACUGUGCUGGUUAAAUGUUCUACAAAUAAACUUCAGAAUCAAUUGUG